ACACUCUGAUACACAUCUAUCUUGGCGAUCCAAACCGAAAGGCAGAACUACCGGACUACCAAAACGUCGCAACCCCAGACAUUCGCAUCCUCAUAGCCCUCGGAACGUCCCGCCAAGUCUUUCCUCCCUCAAUCUGACCCCGCGCCGACUCUCACGUUUCGCCCGGAGAUGAACCGGCUAUUCGGCACCAACGCGCCCAAGGCGCCGAAACCGACGCUCAACUCGGCCAUAUCCAACCUCGACUCGCGCAUCUCGUCCAUCGACGUCAAGCUGGCGGCGAUCAACGCCGAGCUGCAGGGCUACCAGGCCAAGCUGUCCAAUAUGCGCGACGGGCCGGGCAAGACGGCGCUCAAGCAGAAGGCGCUCAAGAUCCUGCAGCGGCGCAAGCAGUACGAGGCGCAGCGGGACCAGCUGCAGUCGCAGGUCUGGAACAUGGAGCAGGCGCAGACGAUGCAGGACAACCUCAAGAACACCAUGGUGACCAUCGACGCGCUCAAGAGCACCAACAAGGCGCUCAAGAAGGAGUACGGCAAGGUGGACAUCGACAAGAUCGAGCGCCUCCAGGACGAGAUGGCCGACCUGCUCGACGUCGGCAACGAGAUCCAGGAGAGCCUCGCGCGGAGCUACGACAUACCCGAGGACGUCGACGAGGCAGAGCUCGACGCCGAGCUCGAGGCCCUCGGCCAGGAGGUCGAGCUCGAGCGGGAGAUGGCCGGCCCCGGGACCGAGGGCGCCUUGCCCAGUUUCAUGCAGGACGAAGUACCAGAGUUCAUCGACGAACCGCCCGCGCAAGCGGGCAAGGUCAGCGAGGCCGCCGGCUGAGAUUCUCCGACACUGCUUUCUUUUACAAGAUGGGUUGCCUAGUGGCUCAAGCUUUCAGGGAAUGGCGAACAGGUCCGGAAGGAGGAAGGUCGGUGGCGGGUUGGGAAAAGGAGGAGAGGAAAGGGUGGGGGAAGGGGGAAACGGGUGGAGAGGAAUGAAGGAUGGCAUUUCCGUAGCGGCAAACACACACGCGCACACACACACACACACACCCUGGCGAGAUACCAAUUU